AUGUCUGAAACCAAGCUCGAUUUUGGGAAAUUGGACACACAAGGCAUUGAGUAUCACCGAUGGGUGACAGAUGUGGAAAAUGCAUUGACUGCUAAGGCUAUCAUCACCACUAUCCAACCACUCAAUGAAGACCUUAUUAAUCAACCAACAUCAACCAUGAAGGCACAAGCUGUCAUCAUCAUGAGGUGCCAUUUGGACCCUGCCCUGCAAUGGCAGUAUAUGAAUGUCAAGGACCCUAGAGCUUUAUGGCUUGCACUUGAAGAUCGCUUUGGUAACGUUGUAGACACCUUGCUCUCGGAUCUGAAGGAGAAAUGGAACAACAUUAGGUUCCAAGACUUUAAAACUGUUGCAGAUUUCAACUCUGAAAUGCUCAAACUUCGAUCCAUGCUUCAGUACUGUGAACAAAAUGUGACUGAAGCUGACAUGCUCGAGAAAAGUCUCUCCACCUUCCCGGUUCCUGCAAGGAUUCUUGCACAUCAAUACCGCAAUGAGGUUAGAACCGGUAAUAUCACAAGUUUUAAUCAGCUCAUUCGGAUUAUGUCUGUUGCAGAAAAGCAUGAUAGCAUACUUGUGAGCAAUAGUUCAAGGCCAAUUGGGACAAAGAAAAUUCCCGAAGCGAACUAUACAAGCACUUCAAAGGGGAAGCGCAAGGAGUGGAACCCUAUUGGAAAUGGAAGAUUGGAAGGAUGUCUUGGUCCUCAAAACCACUUCAAGAAGGACCACGCACCGCGUGGAGGCCAUGGAGGCUGA